ACUGCGCGCCCACGCGAACCGGCAGAUGCGGAGAAAGCGAGAGAGGAAAGGCGAAGCAUCACUUGAACUUAAUUCAACUUUAUCGCUCGAAAACUGGAACUCCUGCUGGCCAUAUUGCUUAGCACACACAGGACUGACAAUCAAUUGAGCGAACUAGGUUUUUAUUCGUGUUUAUUUACUCGAGUGUUUUGACCAUGGAGGCUGUCGCACCUGGGAAAAAAAGGGUGAGUUCUGAGCGAAGGAAGGAGAAAUCCAGAGACGCAGCACGUUGUCGGAGAGGAAAAGAGUCUGAGGUGUUUUAUGAGCUGUCCAGAGAACUCCCUCUCCCCCACAGCGUCACCUCUAACCUGGAUAAAGCGUCGGUCAUGAGACUGGCUCUCAGUUACCUGCGCCUGCGUAAACUGCUGAACAGCGAUGUGCUGGAGAAGGAGACUGCAUUAGACACUCAGUGGAACGGUUCAUUUCUAAAAGCUCUGGACGGGUUUCUUUUGGUUCUUUCGGCUGAUGGCGACAUUGUCUACCUGUCAGAGAAUGUCAGCAAGUGUUUGGGCCUUCCUCAGAUUGAACUCACCGGUCACAGUGUGUUUGAGUUCACUCAUCCGUGUGACCAUGAGGAGCUCAGAGAAAUGCUGGCACACAGAUUUGGUCUGUCUAAAAAAUCGAAAGAUCAAAACACAAACAGAAGUUUUCUGCUGAGGAUGAAAUGCACACUGACCAGCAGAGGACGCACUGUCAAUGUUAAAUCUGCCUCCUGGAAGGUGCUGCGCUGUUCGGGCCGUAUCCACACAGCAGAUGGUGUUGAGAAGGAGGUGUGUGAAGAAAAAAACACGUGUUCGACGUACCUGGUGCUCAUCUGCGAGUCUAUUCCCCAUCCAGCGAACAUUGAAGCUCCUCUGGAUUCCAGAACGUUCCUCAGCCGCCACACUUUAGACAUGCGCUUCACCUACUGUGAUGAGAGGAUCUCAGAGCUCUUGGGUUUUGAUCCAGUGGAUGUGUUACAGCAUUCAGUGUAUGAAUACUAUCACGCGCUGGAUUCAGACCACAUGACCAAAACCCACCACAACCUUUUUGUGAAGGGGCAAGUGUGUACUGGACAGUACCGUCUGCUGGCUAAAGCAGGAGGGUUUGUUUGGGCAGAGACUCAGGCCACUGUGAUCUAUAACAGUAAAAACUCUCAGGCACAGUGUGUGGUUUGUGUCAACUACAUCCUCAGUGGCAUUGAACAGCCCAAACAAAUCCUGUCGCUUCAGCAAACAAACAGCACAAAAAUAAAACAGGAAGAACACCAGGAGGAGGUUGAGGUGACCAUGGCAGAGUUGAAAGAGAAGGAAAAGGAGAUGGACAAGGAAGAUGAGGAGUGUGUGCAGCCUGUAGUGCAACAUAACAGCCUGAAGGGGGAGACAGAGGCGCUGACUGUAGCAGAUCCUGUUCUCACACUGGAUAUCAACAUCACUGAAAUUCCUCUCUACAACGAUGUCAUGUUGCCCUCUUCAGAUGUCCUGCUCCCCCUCUCGCCCCUGUCUCCUCCGUGCUCCUCUCUAAAUGACGAUGAAGCCUCCACCGGCCAUCUACAAAAUGACCAAUUCCCUUUCCCACAAUCCUCUGACUCCUCCAGAUCACAGGUUGAUCUCCCGGUGGAUUCAGUAUUGUGUGACCAGCUAAAACCACAUCACGUGGAGAAACACUUUUCCAUGGAUAUAGAGUCCAAGACACAGGGAGUUGGUUUGGAUCUGGAGAUGUUGGCUCCAUACAUUCCCAUGGAUGAUGACUUCCAGCUGCGGACUGUUUCUCCAGUCAGGUCCAUGUGCUCCAGUCCGUGUUCAGGACUUGAUCUGACCCCGUCCAGCAGCACACAAACCAGCCCAGCUCUUUCGGCAGCCACUCCAGACUCACUAUCCUGUGACCCCGUGCAGCAGAAAAACAAAACCACAGAGCAGGAGCGCAGCAGAGAAAUUAUUCAAGACAGUGAUAUUUCUUAUAAAUGUCAGACCAACCCAAAGCUACUCAAGAGGAAACUCGAGACCAUACCGCUGUCUGAAGCAAUAAGGCUGGGGUCUGUGCUGCAGGUUGUUACUGAUUUUCCAGAGAAAAAGGUCCGCAAAACAGAUGUUCCAUCAUCAGAAGGAAUUCGUCACACUACGAUACUGUUGCUGCCAUCCAAUGUUGCGAGUCGGUUAUUGAGCAGAUCGUCAGAGGGCGGAGCCAUAGCUAUGCCCCUCCCCCAAAUCACCCAUCACGACUGUGAGGUUAAUGCACCUGUAAUUGGACGACAGCACCUGCUGCAGGGGGAGGAGCUUCUGUGUGCCUUGGAUAUAGUUAUUUAAAAAAAGCCAUACUCAUGCUUAUUCAUCAAUUAUCAGUGGCAUUAUGGAUUGAAUUCCAUUCUAAAGAAACAGUGGUGAGCAAUCAUAACAGCUGGGUUGCUUCUGCUUUUAAUAAGCAGAUGGUAAAUACAUGCUGGACAUUAAAGAAAUCGAUAAUUAAUGACAAGGGAAAUGUAAAACAGAAUUCGUAGAGCAAUUACGAGCUGUGCUCUUGCAGGUUAGACAUACGCACAGAAGAGAAUAUAUAUAUUCUAUUCUAUAUAAGAUUGUAUUGUGUGACAGCAGCAAAGAAUUUUAUUGCACAGAUGACAUGAAUUUACCUUCAGCUUUCAGAAAAUGUUAUUUUAUUAGCUCUGCUGUUUUUAUAAUUACGUUCAAGAGAUGUCUAAAUGUUUUCUCUGUUCAGGUCCAAUGUGAAAAUGUGGAUAUAUUUACGUGUAAAUGUUGUGAAAUGUCUAAUUUGCGUUUAUUUUAUUUCGUGAAAUAUAUUAUACAGCAUUUGAGAUUAGGCAGCAUAUUGGUAGAGCGACCUGCAUUACUACCUACUACCUAAAUGUUGAACUUCUCUCUUCCUGUUGUUGUUGUCACUAUAAUUGUAGAGAUUUCUAUUUAAUUAAAUCUCUCAAUAUAUCUAGGGCAUUAACGUGUUAUAAUGUACUCUUGUGUUCCUGUAUUUUGAGUUUCCUGUGUUACAUGAACAGUGGCGUACAGGAAGCAAGCUGUGGUGUAUUCGCUGGUGUGUGAGUUUUGCCACUGUGUGUUUCUCAUGUUCUUCCGUGUUGUGUCAUUGUCUUCAGGAAAUUGUAACGUCUAUGACAAAUAAAAGUUUUUUCAACGACA